AUGGCGGACACAAACCGACCCACCACACCAAAAGCCGCGGCCCCAGUCCGCAACCCCAUCACGCCCGAACAAGUCCGCCGCAUGGAAGAAUCCCGCCUACGAGCCAAAGCCCUCCGAACCCAACAAGAAGCAGCAGCCGCCACCACUUCACGAGCAGCAGCAGCAUCAUCAACCCUUCAAUCCUCAGGAGGUCAACUCGCAGGUCAAAAACGAGCCCACGCCGCAAUAAACACAAAAGACAUCCCCGCCACAAGCAGAGAUGCCCGCAUCAAAUCUCCCAGCAGCAAUAAUGGCCUCGCCCAAUCUGCAGAUACGGACAUCCGCGCGGCUCGCAAAUUCCAAAAGUUCGUCGAGUACGACUUCAGUAAAAUGAGCGAUACAAAAGGUGGAUUCAUGACGCAGGAAGAUGAUCCACAUAAUCGCGCUUUACACGCAGGGGAAGAUGGCAAGCCGCCGAAUAUGAGUCUGAAAGAAUGGGAAUACAUUCAACUACAGAGGAAAUUACAGAAGCAGCGAGCGGGACCUUAUGAGCCGGGACUCUCAGUUUUUGAUCAGGCUACCGCGAAGAAGUGUAGGGAGUGCAAAACGUUGGAGAUCGAUUGGGCUUGGGAUGAGAUGUUACAUUGUCAGAUUUGUCAUUCUUGCAAGGAUAAAUUUCCGGAUAAGUAUUCUCUUUUGACGAAAUCUGAGGCUAGGGAGGAUUAUCUCCUCACGGAUCCGGAGUUGAAGGAUACGGAAUUGCUGCCGCAUUUGGAGAAGCCGAAUCCGCAUAAAGCUUCUUUUGCGCCUAUGAUGUUGUAUUUGAGGUAUCAGGUGGAAGAGUAUGCGUUUUCGGAGCAGAAGUGGGGGAGUGCAGAGGCGUUGGAUGUGGAGUUUGAGAGGAGGAAGAUGGAGGCCAAGGRGCGGAAGGAGAAGAAGUUUAAGAAUAAGUUGAAUGAGUUGAAGAAGAGGACGAGGGUGGAUGCUUAUAAGCGGGCGAGAGGUGGAGGUGGAGGAGAGUUUGGUGAUACGAUUGGGAAGGGAAAGCAUGAGCAUGAGUGGGGACGUUCGGUGGAGGAUCCUGAGACGGGGAUGACGAGGAGGAAGUGUAUUGAGUGUGGGAUGCAAGUGGAGGAGAUGGAGUUUUGA